AAUCUGUGUUGAAGAGUGAUACUAAUAAUUGAAGGGCUUUUACUGUUGACACCAAAUGAAUCUCCCUGUCGCAUUGCAGGUUUGUCUGCCAUGUUUGCAACAAAUCUUUCACGUGGAAGGCCAACUACAACGUGCAUAUGGCCUCCAAACACCCCGACGUCGACCGCAGUGCCUACUAUUCAUCUUCCUCAUCCUCUUCCUCAUCAACAUCCGAUCAUCACACGUUCCAUCCUCCGCCACAUCAGCUGAUUGAGCAGAAGACCUUCACCGACCUUGACUCGCCCGAAAAUCUGGAGGCCAACCGAUCAGCUGCUGCUUCACCGUUUGUCGUUGAGGACCAGAAAAUCCAAAAUGGCGGCUCAUUUGUCACAUCUGACCAGAAAAUGCAAAAUGGAAUGCGUGCCACCUGUGAACUGGCCUAUCCGAGUCCAGCAGCCUACUCAAUGCAGAUGGGGAAGGAUGCCUGUGAAUCGGUCUCGUCUGCCAGCAGGAUGAUGCCCAACUGUGAAUCGGUCUCAUCUCCCAGUAGAUUGAUGCCCAAUUGUGAACCAGUCUCGUCUGCCAGUAGGAUGAUGCCCAACUGUGAAUCAGUCUCGUCUGCUAGUAGAUUGAUGCCCAACUGUGAACCAAUCUCGUCUCCCGGUAGAUUGAUGCCCAACUGUGAACCAGUCUCGUCUGCCAGUAGGAUGAUGCCCAACUGUGAAUCGGUCUCGUCUGCUAGUAGAUUGAUGCCAAACUGUGAACCAGUCUCAGCUUCCAGUAGGAUGAUGCCCAACUGUGAACCAGUCUCAUCUCCCAUUAGAUUGAUGCCCAACUGUGAAUCGGUGUCCAAUAGAUUGGCAGCUAGUAGUGAAGCAAUGAAUUUGAGUGCCGCUCAUCUUCAGAUGUCAGCCUAUCACAGCAUGAACACACAUGCGCUGGCUAGCUGAAAGCGAUACUGGCUGUGAAUCGGUCUUGGGUGAUGAUUUGUGGACUAUGACUCAGUGUUAACUGGUCUUUAGGUAAAUAUUGUGUAAAGUGUCUGAUUGUGAACUGUUCUUGAAACAAAGCUUUGCGAGUGGCUUACUGUGAACUGGACUUCAGACAAAGCUUGUUCUUCAGGUAAAUAUUGUGUAAAGUGUCUGAUUGUGAACUGUUCUUGAAAACAAGCUUUGGGAGUGGCUAUUGUGAACUGGUCUUAAGACAAAACUUGUGAAGUGUCCCAGUGUGAACUGGUAUUGAGAUAUGACUUAGAAAGUAGCUCAGUGUGAUCUGGACUAGGUACAAACUUGUAAAGUGUCCCAGUGUGAACUGAGCUUCAUAUGACUUGGAAGUGGAAGUGGCUCAGUUGAUCUGGACUUGGGACAAACUUGUAAAGUGUCCCAGUGUGAACUGGGCUUCAUAUGACUUGGAAGUGGAAGUGGCUCAGUGUGAUCUGGACUUGGGACAAAAUGGUCAAGGGGUCACUGUGAAUUGGUCAUGAGGCAUAAUUUGUAGACUCUGCAUCAAUGUGAACUGGCCUUCUCUGUCUAGUUCAUUCGAAGUGUUAUUUCAUAAAUCUUUCCAAUAAAUUUGAGCUCUACUGAGAGGCUUCUUAUGGGGCGUUCAUACAUUCCCAUUCUGUCAAUGUGUGAACACUUCCAUUAGAACCAAUGCUAUUCUAUUUAUGUCCUAACAGAAAGGAAACUUAUUGGAACUUCAGUAUCAAUUUAUUCAUCUUUCUGUUAUACAAGUUAGAAACUCUUGUAUCAAAACAUGAUACGCCUGUAUUAUACUUCUGCAUCAA